UUCAAUACAUACUCAAAACGCCUGAAGUUUGACCUGUUAAAUCUCUUAAUACGUCUAUUUCUUUUCAGAAGUUCCACGGCCUGGAUAUGUCCUUCAUAUUUGACUGGAUUUAUAGUGGUUUCAGUAGCGUUCUGCAGUUCCUGGGGCUGUACAAGAAGUCUGGCAAGUUAGUAUUCCUCGGUCUGGACAAUGCUGGCAAAACGACGCUGCUGCAUAUGCUCAAAGACGACAGACUGGGUCAGCAUGUGCCAACCUUACACCCCACCUCCGAGGAGCUGACGAUUGCUGGCAUGACCUUCACCACGUUCGAUCUGGGUGGCCACGCUCAGGCUCGACGAGUGUGGAAGAACUACCUCCCAGCCAUCAACGGCAUCGUCUUCCUGGUGGACUGCGCCGAUCUCACCAGACUGACCGCGUGCGUGUCUGAGUGCGUGCGUGUCUGA